UGUGUUGUGCCACAUGCAUAGACCCCAACGUAAUCCUUUUUUGUAAGCUAGUGAAAGGAACCAUCAUUAUUCUUUCAGUUACAAAGCUACAGCCAUUUAGAGAUAAGCAUGAACUGAAAGUAUUGGCUCCAUUUAGGGUGCCAAGGAUUUGCAUUAGCUUUAGUAUUAGUGUUUUUGCGGCAAGCAUUGGCCUUGGGAAUCUUGGGUUUUUCUGCAAAAAUGUUGGCGGUUUUCGAGAAAGCAACAGGAAAUCCACCGGAGGAGCUCAGGCUUCCUUCAGUUGGAUUGGAUUCUGAUGGUAAGGGAACUCGAGAAGAAAUCUUGCAGACUUUCAGGUUGCUGUGGCCAGAGUCGACCUUUUACCACCUUUCAAAUGGAAAUUUCAUGACACUGUCACAUGGAGCUCAGAGUCCUUUGCAUCCAAGCAGGUCCAUGGUUGUCAUGGAUGACAUCUUCUGCAUCUUUAUUGGGACUCUUGUGAACAUUUGCGAACUCAGGCGACAUUACGGCUUGUCCAGACAAGCAACAGAAGCCAUGCUUGUGGUUGAUGCUUACAAGGUUCUUCGAGACCGAGCUCCAUAUCCACCCGACCAAGUCAUUAAAGAUCUUGAAGGAAAAUUUGCUUUCAUUAUUUUCGAUGCUAAAUCUGGUACCCUCUUUGUGGCCAGAGACCGUGAAGGAAGCAUUCAACUUAAAUGGGGAAUGGCUGGAGAUGGCUCCCUGGUAUUAUCAGAUGAUCCAAACACCAUAGAAAAGGCUUGUGGAAAAUCCUCUGCUUCGUUUCCUCCAGGCUGCAUUUUCAUGAAUGGCAAUGGCCUUAUAAGCAUUGAUCAUCCACUCCAUAAGGUAAAAGCAAUAGCUUGUCAAGAUGACGAUGGGAAAAUCUGCGGAGUGAUGUUUCAAGUCGACUUGUUUACGAGACUCCAAAGCAUUCCUCGUAAUGGCAGUGCCGCUAAUUGGGCAGAUACUGCCAUCGUCGAGGGAGACUGAAAAAAGGGGAAGUUUUUAUCGGAACGGUAGGCGAAAUAUUGCCUUUUCGUUUACAUUGUGGUGAAGUGGACAAGAUCUGAAUUCUGGCCUAAAUGUUUUAUGCUUGUUAUGAUUUUGAGCUUUGCAUGUGUUCGUGUUGA